UUGCCAGGUGUCCCUUUCCACGGACCAACGGAACCGCCGUUGAUUUGCGCCGGCGGGGGGGCAACUUGAUUCGACGGAGUUCGUAUUUCACGAUGAACCAAACGGUGGUUCAGUCUUGGGAAAAGGGGGUUUACGAGGCGAGCCUUGAUAGAGAGAGCAACACCGUUGUUGUGUUCGUGAAGGGUUUGAAUCUGAGACCACACAAGGUUUCCGAUCCGACCCAUUUCCGGUGCCACUUUGGGUUCAAGAACUUGAACAAAGACGGUUCGUUUUUGAUAACGACGAGGGCAGUUUCGGUGGCGCAAGAAGUUGUGAGGUGCUUGCUGCCGCAGGGUGUUAGGAACAACACUGAUAGGGCUAAAGGGGUUGGGGUUACUGUGAGCCAUUUGAGUGGGAAUUUCCGGCACCCGGUUCGGACCAUAUUGCCCUCUGUGGCUAGAAUUGAUGGAAAGGGUAAGAAAAAGAGGGGAAAAUAUGAGCUUUGUGUAUGUACCAUGGUGUGGAACCAGGGUUCUGCGCUGAGGGAGUGGGUUAUGUACCAUGCUUGGCUUGGUGUGGAGCGUUGGUUCAUAUAUGAUAACAAUAGUGAUGAUGAUAUUGAGGAGGUGAUUCAGGAUCUUGAUUCUCAAGGGUUUAAUGUUACUAGGCAGGUAUGGCCUUGGAUCAAGACUCAAGAAGCUGGGUUUUCUCACUGUGCUUUGAAGGCUAGAGAUGAGUGCAAGUGGGUGGGGUUCUUUGAUGUUGAUGAGUUCUUCUAUUUCCCCAAUGAAUUCCAUCACCAACUUGGGCAGGGUGGUGGUCUUCCCGGUGAGAAUUCUCUGAGAUCGGUUGUGGCGAAUUACUCAUCUUCUCGGUCUAUUGCCGAGAUAAGAACAGCUUGCCAUAGCUUUGGUCCCUCUGGGUUGAGAUCACACCCUAAGCAAGGGGUUACUGUGGGAUACACAUGCCGGCUUCAGAGCCCAGAGCGGCACAAAUCCAUUGUGCGGCCGGAUUUGCUCCACGUCAGUCUCCUUAAUGUGGUGCACCAUUUUCAGCUGAGGGAAGGGUUCAGAUAUGUGAAUAUGCCUGAAGGAAGUGCUGUGAUAAACCACUACAAGUAUCAAGUUUGGGAUACCUUCAAAGCCAAGUUCUUCAGAAGGGUUGCUACCUAUGUUGUUGACUGGCAAGAGGAUCAAAACAAAGGAUCAAAAGAUAGAGCGCCGGGGCUCGGCACGGAAGCCAUUGAACCACCUAACUGGCACCUCCGGUUUUGUGAGGUUUGGGACACUGGCCUGAAGGACUUCCUUCUGUCCUAUUUUGCUGAUCCUGUAACAGGGUUGUUGCCCUGGGACAGGUCUUUACUAUAGUGGACACUAAUCAAUCAGGGUGCUAACAUCUUGGUAGCUGGUACCCAUGUAAAGCAUAAUAUUCAUACCUGUAAUAGGCAGGCAUUCAUUCUUUUCAUUGAUUUUUUUACUUCAGGGGGCCUUUCUGUAACAAAAAUUUUGAUUUUUAAAUGAUUUUAUAGAUAUCAAACAGAAUCACAGAGCACAUACAGAUGUAUAUUUGCAGCAAUAUGAAUGAAUUUCCUUUCUUCUUUUGCCUCA